GCGAGUUUACUAUGUCCUUUACGGGAUUCCGUAGUUAUUUUUGUGACGAACAACGUUCACAUUGUCAGUUAUGGGCGAUAAACGUUUGCAGAUUGAUAGAAGCUAAUGUAACGAGUCUAAUUAUCAACUCAGUUUCCCCUCCACAGAAGAGAUGAGUGAUAUCCGGCAUGCACUGCUGCGGCGUGAUCCGCUGAGCGCGGCUAAAGAGGUUCUGUAUCAUCUGGACAUCUCACUGGGCAGCGCUCUGCAGAGCUCCACCGGCCCCACGCCUGGACUAGAGAAGAGUAUGGUGGAGCUGGUGGAGGAGUUCAUCUUUCAUGUCCCGAAAGACAGGAACAUCCAGCCUAAGAGGAUGAGCUGCGUUCAGGAACUGCAACUGCUGGAGAUCAUGUGCAGUUACUUCCAGGAACAGAGCAAAGAUGCAAUCAGACAGAUCAUUUUCUCUGCACUCUUCAGUCUUCAAGGCAACAAGGCUGAUGAGAGCCGCAUGGCCAUGCUUGGGAAGCUAGUUUCAAUGGCUAUAGCUGUGUGUCGGGUGCCAAUACUAGAGUGUGCAGCCGUCUGGCUACAGCGCACACACUCUGCAUGGUGCGUGCGUUUGGCUCAGGUGCUGAUGGAUGAUUACUGCACACUGGUGCCAUGUGCCAUCUCUACCCUGCAGAACAUCUGUUCAGCCAGUCCUCGCUUCUGCUGUCAGCUCAUCACUGCAGUAACGGCUCUCUAUGACUUCUCCUCAGAUGAGUUGACUCCGCCCCCUGCACUCUUGGAGAUGCUGGUUGGUUGGAUCACAGAAGAUCCCAGACUACUGCUCCUCACCUUCAUCAACACACCCCUCAAUUCCAGCCUGCCAUUAGGCUGCCUUGAGAUCACGCCUCUUUUGGGUCUGCUCCGGUGGUGUGUGAAAGCCCCGUUAGCCUAUCAGAGAUGCCGCAAGCCAGCUUUGACCAAUGGCCAUGGGGAAAGUGAAAAAGGGACAGCAUCUGAAGAGCUGUACUCUAAACUGCACCUGAGUGUUCUGCAAGUCUUUCUCAUGUUGCAGGUCCACCUGACAGAACAGAAUUUGAUAGGUCGGCUAGCUGUGCUUCCUGUGGAGUCUGUUGCCACGCUGGUAGAGGAAGUCAGCCGUCUGUGCGAGAAGCUCACGCCCUUCCCUGCUGCCAAUCAUAUCCAGCUGGCACUGGAUAGGCUGGCGCAAGCUCUUCAGGUCGCCAUGGCAACAGGAGCUCUUCUGUGUGCUAGAGAGGACCUACGGGCUUUGUGCUCCAGACUUCCCCACAACAAUCUGUUACAGCUUGUGAUGUCCGGUCCAGUAGUGCAGCCUCCACCUCACAGUGGACCCUUCCAGCCCAACAUGUAUCCACACAUCCACCCGGGUCGGCCCUCUUCUCUCUCUCCCCACAGCCCGCACCCUGUACUGUCACCGCACCCAGCGCUGUCCCCACAUCGCCCGCUAACGGCCCACACCGCACACCCUUCUCUCUCUCCACAUGCCUUCCAUCCUGCUGCCAUGGCCUUUCCUUACCGGCCCAUUCGUUAACCAGCUAUGCAGGACUUUUGGACUACUCUGCUUCCUCUUGGGAUGAGAACAAACUUGUUAUAUUUUAUAUUAGAUGAUCUUCAAAACUUUCGGUUUGAACUUGUAGUCAUGUUUGGCUUGGUCAGGUUAUAUGGUCUUGUGUAUCAUAAACUGGGAUAUCCAUUGUAUAAUUUUAAGUUUGAUAUAGACUUUAAAAAGCGCUUGUACAGAUUAAGUGUUGUUUCAGGUAAAAAUGCAUUCAUACCUUUUCAACAAUACUGUACAAACCAUGAAAUAUAUUUUUGGAAAAUCUA